AUGGCACAUGUAAGUAAAACAUCAGCAGAUGAUGAAGUGAGAGCUAGGAAGGAAGGGAAUUCGGAUUCUGACUGCCAGCUUCUCGACUUCAGAGGAUCAAUGGGGGUUCGGUUUGAUGAGCAUGGGAUGAUUCUUCCACACACCAUCCUGGGUAGCUUAGAGGAUUACAGAAGUUAUCUAGAGGCUAAAGGGGAGACAGAGUUGGUGAAGCGAAUACCAAAUUCCCUAGGAGAUCCUCUAUGUGAGGUCAAAGAAAGGAGUCCCUCAGAUGCUGUAGAAACAGAAACUCUUUCAAGCCAAAGAAACAUCCAGGGUAAUGCCUUACAGAAUUGGGACAAACAUGUGAGACAUCGGAGACAACAGCAGGGCUUCUUAUCUGAUUUGCUCCAUAGGCCAGUCGAAAAACUGCUCAUGAAUCAAGCCAACCAUUAUAGAGAAACUCAGGAGCAGAGGGAAUUUCUAAACCGAGUCAUGCCACUCAUCCACUCAGGAUAUGGUUAUCGUGUGGGCAGUGAGUUUUGGAGUCUCCCACAGCGUUAUGGAGAUGAAAUGAGCGGUAUUACAGCCACUCUGACUCAGACUGAGCGGGGCAGACAAAAACCUAUCACACAGAUGGGACAACCACGGAGGAUAUGCCAGGAAUCAGGAAUCAUUUGUGCUGAGACUCUACGGCCAGCUUCACGAACUUGGAGCCAGAGCGCGUACCUGCAGCAUCAGCGCCAGCUGCUGAAGGAGGUUUUAGAGGACAUGGACAUAAACAAGCCAGACAUCAGUGAACUGGUAGUGAUUGGCUCUGGCAAACCAUCCUACAGUCCUUUAUUAGAGAACGAAGAAGAAGAGAUGGAGAGCAAGCAGAACCUUGAUCCGCUGGCACAGCAUGAAGAUGUUCACUUAGAUGUGCCUACCUUGAGAUUCUGUGGUCAGGUUGCUACCUGGACUGGAAACUCUCUCUCAAAGCAGGGAGAAGUAGGAAUUAGUGCUACAAUAUUCUUUGAAGCCCUGACUGGAGAAAUAGUCACAUCCCACCUGGACCUACAUAAUGAGGGCAGCACCGUCAUCUUCUACAGCUGGCAGCAGCUUCCCAAGCCAUACAAUUUUCCUAAUCUGGGUUCGCAAACACAGAAAGUGCACUUCUACUUUAAUGCCUCCUCUGGUGUGAUUCUUCCAGGUGAGACCCAGCGAGUGGAGUUUCUAUUUAAGUCAGAGAAGCCAAUCAUCAAAACAGAUAUUUGGCAGCUCAGCACACACCCUGUGCUGCUGCAAGGAGCCUCCAUGCAAGUUGUCUUAAGGGGAAUAUCUCUGUACCAAGACAGAAGCGCAGAUGAGAGGAUUUUCAUAGAGACAAAACUGGAAAAGGUAGUUCGGGAAAAGAUCUGCCGGUCGAUUGUCUAUGAGAUGCUCUACCAGGUCCACAGUCCAGAUAGACCAAGCUCACCUGCAGAGCUCUACAUGACUACAGAGCAACUGUUUCUGAGCAGAAACCCCAAGUUGCAGUACCGGGAUGAGCCAGUGGAGGGCCUGAAGGCACUGUGGCAAAAACUGGAUCAAGGAAGCACCUGGGACUACUCUGUUGAUACUCUCCGACAGGCUGUGUUGUCUCUACCUGAUGAAGAGUCAUCCCAGGACUCCCUCACAAGAGAAGAGGGCCUGGCCCAACUCAACUCUCUGUAUUUGCAGCUUUCUGAACCUUCUGGACUGAAACAUCCCCUAACAGCUGGCACCUUAGGGCGGCAGCUGUGGAGAAAACUGCUGGACAGAAUGACUGCUGAGGCCAUGUGGCUACGGAACCUGCUGGGCCUUCCAGAGAAAGAAGCAUGGACUGAUAAAGAGGAUAAACCUAUAAUCACUGAUGCUGGG